AUGCAGUGUUGUGUCUGUGCUAGAACUUUCACAACACUAAGAGGUUUACAUAUUCAUCAGUCCCGCAUCCAUCAAGUACGUAUUAUCCAAUCCACUCCAUUACCUUAUUCUGCCAAUUGUAGCAACACACCCUCAGAUAAUACAGUUCCCCUACAGACCCUUCUAUGCCAACUCAAACAUAACACACCAAUCAUCAAACGAGUGCCCCGGGGUGCGAGAGCCCCCGUAGCCGACGCUCUAUCGGAAAUCAUAAACACCUGCGUUAAUUCAAACAAUCUAGAGUCGUGGCAGAAACUUCUUACAUUUUCAUUUAAAAUUUUACACGUUUCUGAAAACAAUGACAAUCUCACUCUUACGAGAAAAAUAAAAAAUAAUAUUGCCUCACAAAAUCUUCCGUCAAAUCAAAAGUUCAAGAUCACCACAACAUAUAGUAAUGAUAUCUCGAAAAAAGUUGAACAAAAAAUACACGACGGGGAUCUUAGAGGUGCUACCCGUCUGUUGUUUUCUAACGACAAAAUUGCACCAGAUACACCAGAGACCUCAGCUGCGCUUCUAUCCAAACACCCCCCAGGUCCUUCCACUCCUCUGUUUGUAGACCCUCCAACAGAUUCUUCCGCUUGUCUUCAUGCUUCUGAGAAAGACGUAAAAGAAGCCCUUGCCUCAUUUCCCAAAGGAUCGGCGUCUGGCCUUGACGGUAUCUCCCCGCAGCAUUUGAUAGAUUUGACCAGUUACGGCACUGGAGUAGCGGGUAAUAAUGUCCUAACAAGCAUUACCAAUCUAAUUAAUCUUAUGCUGCUGGGAGAUGUCUGUCAGGACGUGUCAGCGGUGAUCUAUGGGGCGAAUCUUAUUGCCCUGACCAAAAAGGACGGUGGUAUACGCCCCAUUGCUGUAGGGUCUACGUUCAGACGGUUAGCUGCUAAAGUGUGCGUUCGGCUCACUCGCCAUAAAUUACAAAAUCUUUUUGAGCCUGUACAGGUUGGUUUCGGCACACGUGGAGGGUGUGAAGCUGCAGUGCAUGCCGUGCGCACCUUUACUCAUUCCAAUAUGUGCGAAGUUCUUUUAAAACUAGAUGUCAAAAACGCCUUUAAUUCGGUCAACAGGGAUACCUUGCUGAAUGAAAUUAAAUUGCAUGUUCCGGAAUUGUACAACUUUUUACUACAAUGCUACCAUACUCCUUCAAAAUUAGUACACAAAUAUAAUGAGAUUGAUUCGGCCACGGGUUGUCAGCAGGGUGAUCCCCUCGGUCCAGCUAUUUUCAGUUUGGCAAUUAACUCAAUAAUUCACGGUUUAAAUUCAAAAUUAAACGUAUGGUACCUUGAUGACGGAACCCUAGGUGGAGACUUUAAAACAGUUUUGAAAGAUUUAAUUGAUAUAAAAAACAAGUUCUCUAAUAUUGGUCUGGAAUUAAAUUUUGAUAAAUAUAGUCUCUACCUACUUGGUUCACCGAUAUUUGAUGAGGCCAUACCUUCCCUUCUUAGUAAAUCAAUUUCAAAAUUCACUGACUAUUCGGACCGCCUCACCAAAAUUAGCAGUCACUCUGCGUUAUUCGUUAUAAAAUUCUGUUUAUUCAUACCAAAAUUAACUUACCUGCUCCGUUGUUGCCCUAUUUGGAAAUACCCCACUUUGGUCCAACCUAUUGAUCAACUUUUAAAAAAUAAAAUUGAAUUAAUACUCAACAUAAGUUUUGGCGAAGAGGCAUGGACCCAAGCCUCCCUUCCAAUUAGGAAUGGAGGCUUAGGAAUCCGAAAAAUUUCUUGUGUAGCCCUGCCGGCUUUCUUGUCCUCUAUCCACAGCACAUCUAAUCUCGUAGGUAAUAUUCUUAAGGUCCCUGCGACUACAAACUACGAGAUUGCGUGCUUGGAUGAGGCCACAAAUGCCUGGCUAACCGGACCGAGUCCAAAUCUUCCCUCCAAGCUACAAAGCCAAAGGGCCUGGGAUUCCAUUUCAUCUAAUUUUAUUUUCAGUUCUCUUUUGGAAAAUUCCUUUAGCAGAGAUAGGGCUAGACUAUUAGCCGUGUCCAGACCAGAGUCCGGACAUUGGCUUCAUGCCUAUCCAUCUCCUGCUUUAGGAACUUUUCUAAAUCCCCUAACUCUUCGCGUGGCUGUCGGUCUCAGAGUCGGGGCUGAAGUCUGUGUGGACCACAGCUGUGCCUCUUGUGGGGUUUCUGUUGAUCGCUUAGGUCACCAUGGUCUUGCCUGCUCCUCGGGUGCCGGCCGCCAAUCCCGCCAUGCUGCUCUCAAUGACAUCCUGAGACGGGCGCUUGUCAGCGCCGACGUCCCCGUGGCCCUUGAGCCCCAGAUCGUGCGAGACGAUGGCAAGCGCCCCGACGGGAUGUCAUUGAUACCCUGGCGCAUGGGUCGCGCGCUGGUCUGGGACGCCACUUGCGCAGAUACGCUGGCGGCGUCCUACCUCCCUGCGACCAGUAAACAGGCUGGUGCGGCGGCGGACGCCCGGGAGCGCUUCAAGACCAAUAAAUACAGUUGUCUUGGCACCCAGUACGAGUUCGUACCGUUUGGUGUCGAGACACUUGGUCCUUGGGGCAAGGGCGCGCGGGAGCUCCACAAGGCGCUCAGCAAACGCCUGAGGGAGGCAACAGGAGACCCUCGCGCGGGCAGCUUUCUUGCGCAGCGUAUUGCUAUUGCAAUACAGCGCGGGAAUGCUGCCUGCGUGAUGGGAACCCUUCCUAGGGGUCCAAAUUUAAACAAUAAUGUCAUAAUUGCUAAACACUAA